CCUCGAGAGCACGAGGCAGCCCAAAUUUGGACAAGGAAGGGCUCUGGAGUCAGGAGCUUGUUGAAACUGAGCCAGUGAGAGGAGAAAAGAGAAGCAUAUGCUUAUCAAGGCGCACUCGUUGGGUUUCCAUUGCAUAUCUCUGAAGAAUUUCCCUCUUUUCAUUCCGUAGCUAUUACAUUUACGUCCUAAUUCGAUGCCUUGAAAAGGCAGAGAUCAUAUUUCUGUGAGUUAUUGAAGCCAUAAGUACAGAGGGAGGAGAGAUAUUAGGGUUUAGGGUUUGGGAGUAGAGCCAAUUAAUGGCCUCCACGUCGCAGUCCGUCCGCUUCUGUGGCCCCUCAUCGUCUGGCCCUGGAGGCGGCAGCUUCGACGCUCUCAAUCGGAUCCUUGCUGACCUCUGCACUCGUGGCAACCCCAAGGAAGGAGCCUCAUUAGCCUUAAAGAAACAUUUGGAGGAAGAAGCUCGUGAUCUUAGCGGGGAAGGGUUCUCUCGGUUCAUGGAUCAAUUAUACGACAGAAUUUCCACUUUACUAGAAAGCAAUGAUGUUGCAGAAAAUAUGGGGGCUUUGAGAGCCAUUGACGAGUUGAUAGAUGUAGCAUUAGGGGAGAAUGCAACAAAAGUUUCAAAGUUUUCAAAUUAUAUGAGGACUGUGUUUGAUGUGAAGCGUGAUCCUGAAAUUUUGGUGCUUGCUAGUAAAGUUCUGGGCCAUUUGGCUCGGGCAGGUGGUGCAAUGACUGCAGACGAAGUGGAGUUUCAGGUUAAAGUGGCACUGGACUGGCUUCGUGGGGAUAGAGUGGAAUAUCGCCGAUUUGCUGCUGUCUUGAUUUUGAAGGAAAUGGCAGAAAAUGCUUCCACAGUGUUUAAUGUUCAUGUACCUGAAUUUGUCGAUGCUAUCUGGGUGGCAUUGAGGGAUCCACAAUUGCAAGUUCGAGAACGGGCUGUGGAGGCAUUGCGUGCUUGCCUUCGUGUGAUUGAAAAGCGUGAAACGCGAUGGCGGGUUCAAUGGUACUAUCGAAUGUUUGAGGCGACACAAGAUGGAUUGGGUAGAAAUGCACCUGUUCACAGUAUCCAUGGUUCUUUACUUGCAGUUGGGGAAUUAUUGAGGUUGGUAAAGGCCAUUGGCUUUAAUUUAAAUCUUUGUGUCUAUCAUUGUUUAUACAUGCAACUCAAGAUUAGUAGUUGUCAAAAUGCUUAAUUAUAUAUAUAUGCA